AUGAAGACCUUGUUCAUCCUCGCUCUCCUCACCCUUGCGGGGACCGAUGCUGUUGCGCAGCUGGACACUACCCAUAGCCAGGGCUCCGAGCAAUGUCAACAGCAGCAGCAACCAUGGCAACAAUGGCAGCAGCAGAUGGAACCAUGUGUGCAAUUCCUGCGGCACCAGUGCAGCAUGGUGACACUGCCAUUUGUCCAGUCUCGUAUGUGGCAACUUAGCAGUUGCCACAUAAUGCGACACCAGUGCUGCCAGCAGCUAGCGCAGAUCCCGGAGCAGUUCAGGUGCCAGGCCAUCGACAACGUGGCUCAAGCCAUCAUGCAGCCGCAGUCCCAACAGCAAGGAAAGGUGUGCAUGCACCAGCCCCAGCAGCAAGCACCGGUUGAGAUCAUGAGGAUGUCGCUUCAGGUCUUGCCAUCGAUGUGCAGCGUGUACGUCCCGGCAUACUGCAACCCCUACGGCAUCCCUAUGGCCAGAUGUGGCGAUGGAUGGGUUUGUGAGUCAAUGUAG